GUUUUUCAAUGCACAAAAUAUUGCAUCAAUUCUGCACGUGUAGCAUUAUCAACAAACAUGUUUGCUACUCAAUGUGUGAGAUCCCGUGGAAUAAAUUCAUUUCAACAACAAAAAAUACAAUCCAUUAGUGUCGAAGAAACAAUGGAUGACUCAAAAUUGAUACCACCGGCUCAAGAUUCCCCAAAGCAUAUACUGAACGUUCUUAAUGAUAAAUGCAUUCAAGAGAUCUUCAAUCAACUGAUAUCAAACCUAGAAGACUUUUUAAGUGCAUCUGAAGUAUGUAAACGUUUCCAAGAGAAUGCCACCGUUUGCUAUUCAGAGUCGAGUGAGAAGAGGAUCACGAUUACUAGCCAUCAAUCGUCAUCUCUGCCACCUGGUAGCGUUUCAUUCGAUCGAGCAUACGGUUUCUUGAAGGCUUUUGGUCAAUCCCUUCAGUCCAUUUAUUUGGUUUCAAUACGUGAUGAAAAAUAUAUAUUCGAUGAAAAUUAUACCGCUGACCAAAAACCAAUUGACGAUACUCUCAACAUGAUCGCUGAUUUUUGUGGAAGAAAUUUAACCAAACUUUCAACUCAUACCGGGUAUAUUGACUUCAACACAAGGUCCCAGUUUAAGGUUUUGGAAAGAUUAUCAAUAGCGACAGGACUUGUCUAUAAUUUAGCAACUUUUCCAGAGUUAAAACUUUUGGAGGUAAGAAGUUGCAAGAUUAAGCAUGCCAAUCUGUUUGCUCGAACAUUUCCCAAAUUGAAAAAGGCUGUAUUCUGCUCAAUUGAGGGUUCAUCCGAUGAUGCGUUCAUCAGAUUUCAAACACAUAAUCCACAACUAAAAAAACUGUGGCUCACUUGUUUAUAUCCAAAUGUAUGCAUCACAUCUUUAAUAGUCCGCGACAUUGGAAAUCGUACACCCGAUCUUACGGAUUUAACUUUGAUCUGUAACAAAGACCAAUUUUUGAUGAAUAAUCUAGCAGCGGAUAUUAUGCAUUUGAGUGGACUGCAAAAACUACAAAACCUACGUAUAGAGUGCAAGAGAGCACCAUUUUCCGCGAAAUUGCUAAUUGAUUCAUUUGCUGAAAAUAACGUACCCAUUGAGAAUUUGCAGAUUCAUGGAGCAUACCCUGACUUUGUUGAAAGUUUACCGAGGCUUCAGCAGCUGAAAAAACUUAAUCUUUUGAACGUGCCUGAAAACAUGGUAGGACAAUUACAUGGACUACAGGAAUUAUUCAUUGAAGGUGAAGUGACUAUAGCUGGUGUAAAGCAGAUUUUAGAACGACAUCGAAAUCUAAAUAAACUCAUCGUUACUGCGCAAAGAAUGAUGAUUGAUCACGAAAAUUACGAUAAAGUAUUAGCCCUAGCUAAAGACUUAUGUGUGGUUUUCAUCACUUGUUAUGAUGGCUUAAUCGAUGUCCAACCUAGUGUUCUGAGAAAAAAUUCCAAAUGGUUGCAUAUUCUUAUGACUAGCAGAAAGUGACAUAUUCAUUUAAAAAAAUUCAAUAAAUCAAAUACUAAUGUGUU